AUGACGGUGGACGACGUCAACUCCAUAUACGUCGGAGGGCUCCCUUACAGCGCCACCGAAGAGACCCUUCGCAGGGUCUUCAGUUUCUACGGCGCCAUCGUCGCCGUCAAGAUUAUCAAUGACCGUGCGACAAGGGGGAAAUGCUAUGGCUUUGUUACUUUCAGGAAUCCAAGAUCAGUGUUUGGGGCUAUUGAUGAUAUGAAUGGCAAGCCUAUUGACGGGAGACCGGUGAGAGUGAACAGCGUAACGACGAGAGGAAGAGCAAAUUUUGGCCGGGAACAUUUCCGACAUGAUGUAGAGAGGAGAAUGGAUUGGGAAAGGAAUAGAGACCGAGAAAGGGAUUAUGAUGAUGUUGAUGAUAGGGACAGAUAUCAUGAGCAAUACAGUGACAGGUCAAGAGAACAUGAUCGGUCCUGGGACCCUGACGGGGGUAGAGAAAGAGAAUAUGAGCGUAUGCAUGAGCAUGAGCAUGAGCAUGAUCAUGAUCGCUCUGGGGAUGGAUACAUGGAUAGAGAUCAAAUCCAAGACAGAGUCGAAAGUGAACAAGACCCUGGUAGAGAUGUUGGUUGGAACUGGGAAAGAGGCCGUGAUUCAGGUUCAAUAGGCAGGGAGGUGGAUGGGAGCAAUGAUGAUGAUAGAAUUGUUGACAAGGAUCAGCUCUCAAGGAAGCCAAAUGGUUCAACGUACAACGACAGGUCUACCAGGGAUAUUUCAUCUGAACUUGGUGAUGAUUAUGAUGAUGAUGAGCUGAAAGUACAGCUUGAGAGAUCAAUCCAGACACAUGACGAUCUGAAAAAGGAGGUUUCCAUAAUGGAAGGAAGGUUAGAAGACAAACAAGAACUUGUGUCUGGCUUGCAGAGAAAAGCUAAGAAACUGGAAGAUGCAUUGGUUGGUGCCAAAAGGCGCACAUCCCAGCGGAAGGCACAGUUGGCCAAGCUCCACAAGUGUUACAUGCAAAUGAAGGAAUAUACUGAAAGACUUAAAAGCACCGAACAUGAGCUUCAGGCUCUCGUUGAUUCAACACUGAUAGAAAGUGAUGCUGGUGGGGAAGUCGAGUAUUGA